AUGAACCAAAGCAAUGGGAGUGGGAGGGAAGAAGGGAUUACGGAUUCUGAGCAUUUUUCGCCAUAUAGGGCGGAUGGGAAACUAUACGGCUUCGUCUGUGUAGUCACAGGCGCCACGCAACCUGUAGGCAAAGCUAUCGUUGCUGAAUUAGCUGCCCACGGCGCAGCCUGCAUCUACGCCUGCUCCACCCUCCCCUCCGACCCCUACUCCCUCCCCGAUCACACAAGCACGCAGUACCCCAACACGAAAAUCAUAAGCUACCCAUACAACAUGGCCUCUGAAGAAGACACCCUGGCCCUCAUCGACGACGUCCUAAACACCUGGGGCCGCCUCGACGUCUGGACCUCGUCCACGGGCCUGCUGGGACCCCCCUCAAUCACGCAAACGGGACCGAAAGACCUAUACGCUGCCUUUGAUACGAAUGCGCUCCCCGCGUUUUUCGCGCUGAAAUACGCACCGGCUGCGAUGCAGAAGACGACGCCCAAGGGUAACUAUGCGAAUGCUGCGCCCAAGGAUGUUGCGUAUGGUUCCAUCAUCGUGGUGACGAGCGUGGCGGGGACGUAUGGCGGGUGCUGGGCGCCUGCGUUUACCAUGGCGUCGCAUGCGGCCUUGGGCGUGGUACGAUCAGGAGUGCUGGUGCUGAAAGGGACUGGGGUGAGGAUUAACGCGGUGGCAGCGGGCCAGAUCGAUGUCGGUGUUGAUUUGAAAGAUUGUGGGGUCAAGGAGAUGGCGCAGGGACAGUUUCCGCCGGCGAGUUUGCAAGGGGGCGAGAGUCAGAAGAGGACGAUUGGGUUGGAGAGGGCGGGGAGACCAGAGGAGGUGGGGAGGACGGUGGGGUUUUUGGCGAGUGGGUUUAGUAGUUAUAUUACGGGUGCGGAGUUGAGGGUUGAUGGGGGCGCGGGGGUUAUGAAUCCCAUUACUGUGCCUGUCUAG